GACGAAGUGAAACUGUCUUUUCUAUGUGCACAUGAAUGCACCGCGGAUGUGAGCUGCUCACUGUGCCGUGGUUACUUGCUAGCGUGCAGAGUCAUUUCAUCGACGUCGGCGGGACAAACAAAGAAUAAACGUUUGGAAGAUGGCUGAAGCUGAUGUUGAUAAUGAACUUUUGGACUAUGAAGAGGAAGAGGAGCCUCAAGGAGCCCUGGAGAGUUCGACCCCUGCAAACAAAAAGGCCGUGAAGGGGUCGUACGUAUCCAUCCACAGCUCUGGGUUCAGAGAUUUCCUCCUCAAGCCCGAGCUCCUCCGUGCCAUCAUUGACUGCGGCUUUGAGCAUCCAUCUGAAGUUCAGCAUGAGUGUAUCCCUCAAGCCAUCCUGGGCAUGGACAUUUUGUGUCAAGCAAAGUCUGGUAUGGGAAAGACUGCUGUGUUUGUGCUUGCCACCUUGCAGCAGAUUGAACCUGUGGAUGGUCAAGUCUCUGUUCUGGUGAUGUGCCACACCCGGGAGCUGGCCUUCCAGAUCAGCAAAGAGUACGAACGCUUCUCCAAAUACAUGUCUACCGUCAAGGUGGCUGUCUUCUUUGGCGGCGUGCCCAUCAAGAAGGACGAAGACAGCCUGCGGCAGAGCUGCCCGCACAUAGUGGUGGGCACGCCCGGCCGCACCCUGGCCCUCAUCCGCAACAAGAACCUCAGCGUAAAGAACAUCAAACACUUUGUGCUCGACGAGUGCGACAAGAUGCUGGAGCAACUGGACAUGAGACAUGACAUCCAGGAGAUCUUCCGGCUGACUCCCCAUGAGAAGCAAGUCAUGAUGUUCAGUGCCACGCUUAGCAAGGAGAUCCGCCCAGUGUGUCGCAAGUUCAUGCAGGAUCCCAUGGAGGUAUUUGUGGAUGACGAGACCAAACUGACUCUACACGGCCUGCAGCAGUAUUACUGCAAGUUGAAGGACAGCGAGAAGAACAGAAAGCUCUUUGACCUGCUUGAUGUGCUUGAGUUCAACCAGGUGGUGAUAUUUGUCAAGUCGGUGCAUCGCUGUGUGGCACUUUCCCAGCUGCUCGUGGAGCAGAACUUCCCAGCCAUUGCCAUUCAUGGUGGCAUGGUGCAGGAGCAGAGGUUGUCCCGGUACCAGCAGUUUAAAGACUUCCAGCGGCGGAUCCUGGUUGCCACAAACCUGUUUGGACGAGGCAUGGAUAUCGAGCGUGUCAACAUCGUCUUCAACUACGACAUGCCAGAGGAUUCCGACUCGUACCUGCACAGGGUGGCUCGGGCCGGCAGGUUUGGCACCAAAGGUCUGGCCAUCAGUUUUGUGUCCGACGAGACUGACGCUAAGACUCUGAACGAGGUCCAAGACCGCUUCGAGGUCAACGUGGCUGAGCUGCCAGAGGAGAUCGAUAUCUCUACUUACAUUGAACAGUCCAGAUGAAUCUGCAGUUUCCAGUUAAUGUGUGACCCUUGGUGUAUUUUGUUAAGAAUAACAAGAAGCAAUGUCUCACUGCCACUAUAUGAUGGCAAGUUUAAUUUUUUUUGUUUUUUUUUUUAAUUUUACCAUGUUGUUGCUUGUUUUAGUGCUCUUUCUUUUUAAGCAAUGUUGCUUGGUUGAUAAAAUAAACCUUUUCUACCUUA